UUUGGUCUGUAUUUUUCCACUUUACACAGACAUCAAACAUUAACAGCUUUUUUUCACAGUAAGAAAGUUAAAGUCAAACCAGAACUUGACUCCGUGACCUGUGUGUGCAGGUCUGUGGGGUUUGGUCAACAACGCCGGAGUGUGUGUGAACUUCGGAGAAGCAGAACUGUCCCUGAUGUCCACCUUCAGAGGCUGCAUGGAGGUGAACUUUUUCGGCACGGUGGACGUCACCAAGAGCUUCCUGCCGCUGGUGCGACAGGCCAAAGGACGCAUCGUCAACAUCUCCAGCCCCGCAGGUGACCAACCGUUUCCAUGCCUGGCUGCAUAUGGAGCGUCCAAAGCAGCUUUGAACCUCUUCACUGAAACCCUGAGGCAUGAGCUGAACCCCUGGGGGGUCCGAGUGAGCACCAUCCUUCCCUCCUCCUAUAAGACAGCUACCUCCACCAACCACGCCUACUGGGAGCAGCAGCACAAGCUGCUCCUCCAAAGUUUGUCUCCGGCGCUCCUUGAGGAGUACGGCGAGGACUACAUGACCGAGACCAAGGAUCUCUUCCACAGCUUCAGCGAACACGCCAAUCCAGACCUCAGCCCCGUCAUUAACACCAUCGUCAAAGCGCUACUCUCGCCGCAGCCGCAGGCUCGCUACUACGCCGGCCCUGGCAUCGGAUUGAUGUACUUCAUCCACAGCUAUUGCCCGUUCAGUAUCAGCAACCGCUUCCUCCAGAAACUGUUCCUGAAGAAGAGUCUGGUUCCACGAGCGCUGAGGAAGCAGUCGGGUCUGGAUAUGAACCUUGGCCUCCACAACAACAACAACGAGGAGAAGCUGCAGCAGUUGUAAUCUCUUAAUAAGAGGACGUCUAUAGUACCACACUCAACAAGCCUGCCAUGUUCUGUUUAUCUACCUGACUGAGUCCAUCCAGGUUGUUCAGGGAACAGCAUAAGGUGUGCUCCGUGAACACACUGAUUUCAUGUGCCUUUAUCAAGCAGUCAGCUGGAAACCGACCACAGCAGCAGCAUCGGGUCACUGGUGGACCAAAGAGGGCGCGCUCUUCAAUCAGUCAUAAAUUAUUACCACAUAACGGUGUGGAAAGCCAAGGUACCACCCGGGUUCAUGCUGCGUUCUUCAGCUUGCCAGACUCCACCCGGCUGGUGUCCUUGGACACAAAAUGAACGCUCCCACUCAACAAACACUCGCUGCUGAAUGUCUGCCCACUGGUUUCUGUCUCAUCAAGUCAUGAGAGGACAGGAAUACACCUCAGACCCCUAGAUGUCUGCGUCACAUGGAGUCAUUUCAAAAUAAAAGGUCCAAUACAAACACAAAACAGACAUUAUAGUAAAACCUCAGUUCCUCCGCCUACAAACCUGCAUGUUAAAGCUGCUGUAACAGUAACAGGUCUUCA